AGAACAUCCAACUACAGGACCAUAUAUACAAGAUUUAACAAGUUAUGUAGUUACAUCCUAUAAUGAUUUAUUGGAAAUAAAUAUCGAGCUACAGCUAUAACAGGAAUGAAUGAUAGAAGCAGUAGAUCUCAUUCCAUAUUUACAAUUAACUUAAUACAAAUUAAGAAUGAAACAACAGAUGGUGAAUGUCAUACACAUGAAACUACCAGCCAUAUAAAUUUAGUAGACUUAGCUGGAAGUGAAAGAAUUGCUAAAUCUGAAACAUCUGAAGAAAGACUCAAGGAAGGAGUGAAUAUCAAUAAAUCUCUGUUAACUUUGGGAAAAGUGAUUGCACAUUUAGUUGAACGAGGAAGUUCUCAGAAUAAUGAAGUUGGUUCUAAUUUAGCUGCACGAAAACAUAUAUUUGUACCUUACAGAGAAAGUACACUAACAUGGCUAUUGAAAGAUAGUCUUGGAGGAAAUUCACGAACAGCUAUGUUGGCUACAGUGAGUCCAUGCAAUACUCAUAUUGAAGAAACUCUCAGUACGUUAAGAUUUGCCAGACAAACAAGUAAAAUUGUUAAUGUAGUCAGAAUUAAUGAUGAUCCUAAGGCUCGUCUCAUUAAAGAACUAAAAGCAGAAAUUGAAAAAUUGCGAAGUCAACAUCAAGGUGAUGAUAUCAAAUACUUUAUGGAUGAAAUUGCAAUUUUAAAAUCACAACUACAAGAGACUCAAGCCCUUUUAGACAGCAGUAAAAAAAAUUGGGAAGAAAGACUUCAACAAACAGAGAAAAGAAAAGAAGAGGAGAAAUUGAAAUUAAAAAAAGUUGGUAUUGCAUUGAAAAUGGAAGGCGUUUAUCCUAGUUUAAUAAAUUUAAAUGAUGAUCCUCAAUUGUCAGAAACAUUAUUGUAUGUUCUGAAGCCUGGGAUUACAAAAGUUGGUAGAUUAGAAGAGCAAUCAACUGCAGAAAUACAACUACAUGGAAGAUUAAUAGCAAGUAAUCAUUGUGUUAUAAAGAAUGAAGACCGAUUGUUAACAAUAACUCCUAACAAAGAUGCACUUGUAUAUAUUAAUGGUCAAUUAAUCAUUGAAAUCACCAAACUGCAACAUUGUUUUUUUUAUGUCAAACUGGAAAAAGUAGUUAAAUCUGGCAACCCCACCACAAAACAAGCUCAAGUGAUGGCCACUGUUACAGUACAACCUGCUCCACGAAUGAGUCAUAGAUGUGUGGUGAUAAUGGAAAGAGAACAUUUUUUUAGAGUGAAUAAUCCUUUUGAAGAAGAAGUAUUACCAGUUAAUAGUGAAAACAGAGACUUUGAAUAUGCAUAUCAAGAAUUGAUUAGUGUGCAGGAAUCAAAAUUACAAGAGGAAAUUGGUAAAUGUAGGCAGAAAAGAUGUAGUGAAAUUUUAGAAAAGUUUGAGAAUUUGAGAGAGGAGAUUGAAUUAUCAAUGCAAAAAAGUUUUGAAAGUGUUUUAGAAAGUGAAAAUGAUGAACAUGAUUUGGGUACAGAGUUACAAUCUAAAAAAUCUGAUAUUAAAGAGUUUGUUCCCUAUUCAUCUGAUUUUUUGGAUAAAAUUACUGAAAUGUUUAAUGAUGUGUCUAGUGAUUUAGAUAAUUGGAAAUCAAAAUUGGAUAUGACUUUGCAAACAGGUAUUGAAUAUGAAUCUCAACAGAAACAAGAAAAAGUUGGAAGUCUUUAUCAGUUAUCAGUAAGAUUGAAAGAAGCCAAUGAAUUGACAAAAGAACUGGGAACUGACAUUGUAUUAAAUAGAUGUGAUGUUCUUACUAAUACAGGACUUGAAUUGGCAAUAAAAGUUCAUAGUGUUAAUCAUAAUAUUGCAACAUUUUGGUCACUGGAAACAUUUGAAGAAAGAUUAGAAAGACUUCGGAAAUUAGUACAGGAUUUGGGUACAGAGUUACAAUCUAAAAAAUCUGAUAUUAAAGAGUUUGUUCCCUAUUCAUCUGAUUUUUUGGAUAAAAUUACUGAAAUGUUUAAUGAUGUGUCUAGUGAUUUAGAUAAUUGGAAAUCAAAAUUGGAUAUGACUUUGCAAACAGGUAUUGAAUAUGAAUCUCAACAGAAACAAGAAAAAGUUGGAAGUCUUUAUCAGUUAUCAGUAAGAUUGAAAGAAGCCAAUGAAUUGACAAAAGAACUGGGAACUGACAUUGUAUUAAAUAGAUGUGAUGUUCUUACUAAUACAGGACUUGAAUUGGCAAUAAAAGUUCAUAGUGUUAAUCAUAAUAUUGCAACAUUUUGGUCACUGGAAACAUUUGAAGAAAGAUUAGAAAGACUUCGGAAAUUAGUACAGGAAUUUUCAUCUGACAAAAAUGCCUUUUGUGAAGUUUUUGAGGCAACUGAUAUAUGGGAAAGUCAAGAUGAAAUACCUAUAAAUAUUCUAAGUGAUUCAAAGUGUGAUUUGAAAAACAUUCAGAAAAGACUGACUCAGUCAUUAUCCAGCACUGGAAGCAGUGAUAUGGUUUUUUCAUUUUCAGACUUUCACAGAUCUCUUAAUGAAAGUUUAGAGCCAUCUUCAUCUGUUUCAUCAAUCUUUUUGAUCACCGAAUCAUGCAGAUCUCAAUUAACAAAAGCAAUUGAUAUGGAUCAUCCAUUAUCUCUGUUGAAUCAGGCAGUUCUAACAUGUUCUAAUAUUUGGCAACAGAUUAAUAAAAUAAAAGAUCAAGAAUUGUUUAAAAAUAAAGGAGACACAAUCAAUUUAAUCAUCAUCCUGACUUCAGAUAUUAGAUGCUUGAGGUCCAUUAUUUCAGGAUGGAUUUGUAUUUAUAUCAAUGAAGAUGUUCCAAAUUGGAUGAGAACAAGAUGUAUAAACAGUCAAGUAGCCAAUUUGAAAAAAAUUUUACUUGAUUUAGAGAAAGUUAUUGUGUUUAUUUUCCAAGGUAUGGGAAAAAAUUUAGAAAAUUUGAUCAAUCAGUCUAUUGAUAUGGCUCAACAUACAAUUUGCAGUUUGAUAACUAAUUUUGGAGAAAUGAGUAUUGUGUCUAGUGACACAUUGCAUGCUUCAGUUUUCAAGAAGAUUAAUGAGAAAUUAUCAAAUAAUAUGUUGGAAUGUGCUGUUGACUUCAUCAAGAAAUUAUGUCAAAUAUCAUUUGAAGAAAUUGAAGAUUAUGAAUUGCAAUAUAAUUCUAUAAUAGAAGAUAGCUUUUUCAGCACAUUAAAAGAACCAUGGCUAAUUUUUUCUGCUGCUAAACAUGCCACUAUUAAAUUAAAAGAAUAUUUGAAUUUGUUUUGUUUUAAUAAGGAAUAUGAAAUAAAGGAUGAUCUUUCCAGAUUUUAUUCUUUUGCAAAAGACAUUGCCAGGCAUAUUGCUCAGAUGACUGAUGGAAUUGUUGAUUUUCUCUCAGCAAUAGACCUGAUGUUUAAAGGAAAUAGCCAUGGAGAUGCUCUUAACUUGACCAAGAAAAAUCUUGUGCAAUUGAUUUAUUCUUUUGAUAAACAUUGCCAAUGGUCUUUAAAGUUGACAGAAAAACAGCUAGAAGAAAAACAAAAAGAAAUAAUUCAAGCUUUGCAAUUAGUAAGCACUGCAAUUGAUGGACAACUAAAAGACAUCUCACUUCUCAUGAAUGGUACAAUUUUCCAGCCAGGAGAAAACAACAUCCAGGAUAAUUCUGAUAUGCCAAGUCAGAUUUCUGGUAGUAGCAGUGUAUUUGCUCUUAGUUCAUUUUUUACCAGUCAACUGGAAGAUGUCAUUGAUAUCUGAGAUGUUUCAUUUAAAUAUUAUGAGAUGAUAGCUCUUGAUUAAUGUUGAAUUUUUGUCUGGAGACUAAAAGAUUUUUAGUCAUGAAAAUGAUUCUUAAAAGUGUUUUUUGAAUGGAUAGAGGAAUUUUAAUGAAAAGCCAUCAAUGAAAAUAUAGAAUCAGUAAUGAAAUGGAUAUAAUUUAUUCUUUGCCCAUGUGAUAGUUCAAUUUUUAUUGAAUACAAGAAGAUAACAUGCAAAAUCCAAAUAAUAUAUAAUAUUUGGUUUCAAUUGCAUUUCCAGUCAUUAGAAAAAAAUGGUAAAUAUGAAUUCUUUUAAAUUACAAAAAUUUAUAUUUUUACAUUUCUUUGUUUUUUCCUUCAGUUUGUGAUGAUAAAUGAAUUAGAUUAUACUUUGUAUAAUAUAUUAUGUUUAAAUUUUGAAACUAUAAUUUAAAACUUGUGCUUUAGAAAAAUUUGUGUAGUUUUAUGAAAUCAUGUUUGAAAUUUCAAUGUUGCAGUGUCCUCUUAUACUCAUGAAAUUAACAGAAAGUCACAUAAAGAUAGUCAGUAAAUUUAUGAAAUUUUUCUGGCAUAUUAAGUAGAUGUUUGACAAAGCUAUUGAUAUAUAAAGCCAUAAUAAAAUGCAUCCAUUAAUUAAAAAUGUAAAAGCUAUCAAGUAAUUAUGAUAUGUAUGUAUAUAUAUUGCUUAUUUAUUAUAAAAUGUGAUAUUUAAUGAAAAAUUUCAGAAUUAAAGUUUACACGUCAUCUGUUAAAAUGACCCAUUACAUUAUGACAAAGUAUGCUAUACGUACAAAAGAACAUAUCAUUCCAUGAAAUGAUGAUAUAUAAAUAUGGACAUUGUAUUUUGUUGACUGCUCAUCUGAAAACUGGUUAUUUAUUUACUAAUGAGUGUCAGUUAUAGAUAAAUGUCAAUUUGUAUAAUUAAUUUGUAUCUUGAUGCAAAAUUAAUUUAAAGGAUGUAUAAUAUUUUAUACUAAAUAGUUCAAGUGAAUUCUGUGGUGUCUUUUAUUUAAAUCCAUUGUAACCACUUAGUGCAAAAAUUCAGUUUAUACAAUUUAGAUAUUUUUAAUCAGAAUACAAUAAUGUCACACAGUUCAGAAUAUUGGAUACUAUGAUGCAUUGUCACUCAACAAAAAAAUUACAAUUGAUUUAGUACAUUCUUAUAGCCACUGCAAAUAAAUUAAUUUUACUUCAUAGACAAUAAAAUAUUGGUUUAGUAUUUUACUGAAA